UUUUCGAGCUGUUCAGACGUCAGAGCGGAAUAAUAUUAUAUCGCGGGCUUUCAACUCGUUCGGUUCGGUGGCAAACUGUUCAAACUUUGCCGACGACGCAGUAUAUUUGCUGAAUUUUUUUAACAGUCGCCAAUAUAAAAGUCCCCCACGCAAGAAGUGUUAAACAAAAAUCCACAACGUAAGCGUGCAGCGCUAAGUGUCUACCAGCGUGACCAUGGCAUUACUUUGCCAAAUGUGUUAAAAUUGUGAAUAUUUAGGAGAACAAAAUUAGCAAAAAUCCAACCGCAAAGCAAACAAACGAUCUGCCAGAUGGCCAUACUUAUAAGGAGGACUCUGCUGCCCCUGCUCCUGAUCGCUUGGAUCCCGUGGAGCGAUGCACUACCGCUUCAAUCGUUCUCUCCGGAUCCCGAUGAUAGCACCGAGAAUUGCGGCGGCGAGAAUGGAGCUCCCCUGAUGACGCCCUGCAAGAGCUCCAUAAUUCUGGAAGCCCAGACAAGCUCCACGCUGAAAUGCGAGGGCGAGGAUCCGAUGGUCUGGUGGACCAGCUCUGUUGAUCAUCUGCAGGGAAUCGCGGGGGAUCGGUUUGAUAAUACAGAGGAUCCGGCACGACCAUACGGCACCAGCCUAACACUCUACGAGGUGACGGCCGACGACGUGGGUGCCUAUUAUUGCGUCAAGGAUUCGGAAUUCAACAAGAUCUCGGAGAAGUCGGACGAGGCGAUGGUCGAGCUGGUGAACCAGGGUCUGGCCAGCUCCAUCUACGUGUACGUGAACGACCCAGUUAGUAAAUUGGCGCCCGCCAUCAGCUCUAUAAAUGCCCUGCAAUACACCGACGUUGUGAUACCCUGCAGACCAGCUAUGCCCGAUACAGAAGUGUGGCUGGAGACCAACAAUGGAGAGACAUAUUCCAGCACAUCUGUGGGUCGAUACGAUCCGAAAAGGGGAUUCACCAUCGAAAUCCGCAGCAUCACGGAUGGCGGCGAGUACUACUGUCGGCCCAGUCCGCCCUUCCCGCACAACGAAGAGGAGUAUACCAGCGUAGAAGUGCACUUUAUUGGUAACGGUCACAUUGAUAAAACCGGAUUGGAAAGUCCCAAUACCAGCCCUCCGACAUCGGGGGCCUUGACUAACAUUGGCGAUGGCGAUGUUACUAACCAAUCGACGAGUAAAAUGGCACUUAUCAGUGUUGAUGGUGAUGGUGCUCUUUCCUGGGAUCGAGUUAGGCGUAGUCCAGCCCGUCUGGCACCGAUGAAUGCGUCUCCCUCACCCAGACCAGGGCAAAGCGGCAAGCCCCUGCCAAAGCCCGUGAUCAAGUCCUCCGUGGAUCAUCACGUUAUCACGAACACCAACUUCACCCUCGUGUGCGAACAGUCGGCCUUGAUUGAGUCAUUGUACCAUAUUGCCUGGGAAAUACCGUCUCGCGAUGAGAAUCGCAUCAAUAUCACCACAGCAGAAACCGAUCCCAAGACUAGAAACAGCACCCACCAGUUGGGCAGAAGCAUUUUGACGGUAUUGAACGCCAAACGCACAGAUUCCGGCUUAUACACGUGCAUAACCACCGAUAAAUCCCAAAACACAAAAUACUUUGUCAGAUAUAUGAUUAAAGUUUUAGGACCAAACGAAAGCUACCUGAAGGUGUACGAGCCUUCGAAGCACUACAACGUGCAGGAAAUGGCCAACCGCACGAUCCAGAUGAGGGCCAACUUCGAGGGCUACCCGACGCCCAGCUUCACCUGGCUCAAGCCGGACGGAACCGAGGUCCGACAGUCGGAGCACAACUUCAAGAUCUUCUCCGAGGAGCUGGGCACAAUGCUCCAGGUGCUGAAUGCCCAGCUGGAGGACAGCGGCACCUACGUUCUGCGGGGCACCAAUACAUUUGAGACCGUGCAGCUGGAGUACAACGUGAGUGUGAGCGACGGUCCGGUCCUGAGCAUGGGGGACGUCUACGUCCAGGUGGGAUCGGUGGCGCGACUGGAGUGCACCGUCCGCUCCCAUCCGCCGGCGAUAGUCACCUUCUUGUUCCGUCCCUGCAGCCUGGAGCCCCGAUGGCCGACGUGCUCCGUGCUCGAACAUAACUUUAGUACAUCAGAUGCGCAGGAGAAAUAUAAGUUCCUGACGAAGGCAAGACCCGGUAAACUGAGUGUGGAAAGCAUAUACGAGGUGUCCUUCCUGCCCACGGAUCCGGGAAUACUCACCUGCGUGGCCGAGAACAAGGUGAAUGGAAAGGAGCGAAGAGCCUUGACCAAGGCCCAUGUAUUGCUGGGUAAUAUUUCCGAGAACAUGACCAUUCAUGGCUUUGAUAAAAGUCACAAGAUCGCCAAAGAGGAAUAUGUGAACUUUACCUGCGAGGCGCUGGCCUAUCACUUUGAUGGUAAUCUUCAAUGGCUCCUCGAUGGCGAGGAUUUGAAGGAGACCGAACUGGUUCGAACUGAAACUAGUCGUACCAACUACUCCUAUAGGAGCACCAUUCACAUAAAUUCGAUAUCUGACAAGGAUCAAGGGACCUACGAGUGCCGGGCCUAUCACAAUGCGAAUCACAGCAUAUACACCGGACGCGAGAUAUUCUUGAACGUCUAUGAUCCCUUUGCUCCUCAGUGGGUGGACACUAGCCUGAAGGACCACUCGAAAAUAAAGCGAAAAUUAGGCCAGGGCGUGGAGCUGGAUUGCGCCUCCGAUGCGAUUCCCUUGGCCAAGGUGCGGUGGUACAAGGACGACAAGGAGCUGACCGAAACGAAGUUCAGAAACAUCACAGUAAACGAUUCCAAGCUGGUGAUCAUGUUCCUCUAUCCCGGCGACGAAGGCGUCUACAAAUGCCAGGUGGAGAACCGGUUGGACAUGAUCGAGAGGUCCUUCACGGUGGUUAUUACGGAUCUUCCCGGCAUCACCAUGGCCUGGGUGUGGUUCGGAGUGACACUUUUCCUCAUCCUGAUCAGCCUGUGCGUCUUCCUGGCCAUUCGCUAUCAGAAGGAGCACAAACGACAUCUUCAAUUGAAGGAAGCUGGCUUGGCCAACUUCGAGAAGGGUGCCGUGGGUCACAUUAAUCCCGACAUGACCAUGGACGAGCAGGCGGAAUUCUUGCCGUACAAUCGUAAAUUCGAGUUCCCGCGGGAGAACCUAACGCUGGGCAAGCAACUGGGAGCCGGAGCCUUUGGCGUGGUGCUCAAGGGAGAAGCCAUAGGAAUCCUCAAGGAGGAGCCCACCACCACGGUGGCGGUCAAGAUGGUCAAGCGAACGGCCGACAACGAGGUGGUCAGGGCACUGGUCUCCGAGCUCAAGAUAAUGGUCCAUAUGGGCCAGCACUUAAAUGUGGUCAAUCUCCUGGGAGCCGUCACUAAAAACAUUGCAAAACGCGAACUCAUGGUCAUUGUUGAGUACUGUCGCUUUGGCAAUAUUCAGAACUUCCUUCUGAGGAACAGGAAGUGCUUUAUUAAUCAAAUUAAUCCGGAUACCGAUCACAUAGAUCCCUCCAUCAUGACCCAGCGCAUUUCCGACAACUUUGACCUGCACCGCGAUGCGAAUGGUGGUGGUGGCUUGAAAUACGCCAAUAUCGGUUUUCCGAUCCACUCGUACGUCAAUGAACCCCACAACAAUAACACGCAACCGCCAAAUCAUCGCAGGAACUCGGACAAUGAUCCCCGAUCGGGCACCCGAGCCGGACGUCCCGGAUCCGGAAACGCCACCUACAGCUACGACAGACAGAUGGACACAUGUGCCACCGUGAUGACCACAGUGCCGGAAGAUGAUCAAAUAAUGUCCAAUAACUCCGUACAACCCGCCUGGCGUUCCAACUACAAGACAGACUCCAACGAGGCCAUGACAGUGACCACUGUGGAUCUGAUCAGUUGGGCCUUCCAAGUGGCCCGCGGCAUGGAUUACCUGUCCUCCAAGAAAGUGUUGCAUGGGGAUCUGGCUGCCAGAAAUAUUCUGCUCUGUGAGAAUAAUAUCGUAAAGAUUUGCGACUUUGGUCUGGCUCGAUCCAUGUAUCGAACAGAUAACUACAAAAAGUCAGAGAGUGGCAAACUGCCCAUCAAGUGGUUGGCGCUAGAGUCCCUGAGCGAUCAUGUGUUCAGCACCUAUAGCGACGUUUGGUCCUACGGAAUUGUCCUGUGGGAGAUGUUCUCGCUGGCCAAGGUUCCAUAUCCUGGUAUAGAUCCCAACCAGGAGCUGUUCAAUAAGCUGAACGAUGGGUACCGUAUGGAGAAGCCGCCAUAUGCCAACCAAGAACUCUACGAGAUUAUGCUAGAGUGCUGGCGGAAGAAUCCUGAAAGCAGACCCUUGUUCCCUGAGCUGGAGCAGCGUUUCGGCAAUAUGCUGGGCGAAGAUGUGGCCAAUCACUACCUGGACCUGAACAACCCGUACAUGCAGAGCAACAUGGAGUACAUGAAGACCCAGACUACGGAUUACCUGGGCCUGAUGGGAUCCCCCGACGAGCUGGCGCCCUCCGCUCCGCGCUACGUAAAUGGACGCGUAGUACCCAAAAUCCACAUCUGUGAGUCGCCGGAUGACUACACUCCGAUGUAUCCGCCGAAUACCGAACCCGAUGCCAGCACCGCCAUAUUUUCACCCACGCGCCUUGAAAACGAUGCCUCCGACUUUCCGGACUUCUCAAGUGAAACCACUUUCCAAUUCCCAGGAGAGCGGCACUCGCCCACUUUGAGUAACAAUCUGAACAGCGGAUCGAGUAAGCCGCUUCGCAAGAAGAACGGCCUGCCGACGGUGGAUGCGGCGGACCAGGCGCCGGAGGAGAUACCCAUGCUGCAUCGACGCUCCACGGGAUCGGAGGAGAGUCCGGAGCAGGGCAGGCGAUUCAAUCAGGCCCUCAAGCAGCAGUACGUCACUCCGACGCCCUCGCCACGCCAUCAUGUGGAGACAAAACUCAAUGGGGAGUCCUCCGAAAGCUAUGUGAAUGUGAAGCCGCCCAGGAAGAAUAUACCCGGCAAAACCUCAACCGGUGGUGGGGGUGCUCCUGCUGGGGGUGGCGGUGCCCCCACGGACGCCUUCUCGAAUCCCAGCUACCAGCCACUAUCCACCGUCAACGAGAAGGAGCAGCGAAGGUACUAGGAUGUAUCGGAGCCAUUAGCCUAAGAUUAAGACCUCUUCACAGCUCAGUUGGAGUUUUAAAUGGCAUUUAAAUUAGUCAAUUCUAAACGAAAUCAACUGAUACAUUAUUGGCCUUAGGAAACCAGGUUCCUGAAAACAUAAUAUAGCACGAUAUAAUCUUUGAAAUUUCAACUCAACUGCUUAGGGGCCUUUAAGAUAACAAUUCUACAAAGUGGCAUUGUUAUGAUUCUGAUAUAGACUUAAGACCACCCACACUCACUCCAUGUUAUAUACUAUUAAUGCCAUUUCAUGUUUUAAUUUAGUCUAGACCUAAGCCUAAACUUAUCUCUGUAACUGAAUGUCUUGUAUUUUGUGUGUGCAUGUACUUUCGACUACUCAAAUACAAUGGGUAUAACAACUA